GCUCCAGUCCCGGCGGCAGAAAUAGGGCAGCCGCGGCGGCCGUGGCACAGCAGCGGGCAGCGGCGGCUCAGGGAGCUGGAGCCUCAACAGCCUCCGGCGAGCCCGGGACCCGCUGACAGCCCGAGAAACAGCCGAAGGACGCGGGGCCAGGUUGCCGCCGCCGCCACGGGGCGCUCCCUCCCUCCCGCCCGAGUCCGGCCACCUGGUCUUCUCCUCGGCCCCGGCCGUCUCAGACUCAACAAAAUGAAACCAGGAGGCUUUUGGCUGCAUCUCACACUGCUCGGAGCCUCCCUGCCGGCAGCGCUGGGAUGGACGGACCCAGGAACCAGCAGAGGCCCGGAUGUGGGUGUGGGGGAGUCACAGGCAGAGGAGCCCAGAAGCUUUGAAGUCACAAGAAGAGAAGGGCUUUCCAGCCACAAUGAGCUACUAGCCUCCUGCGGGAAGAAGUUCUGCAGCCGAGGGAGCCGGUGCGUGCUCAGCAGGAAGACAGGGGAGCCCGAAUGCCAGUGCCUGGAGGCAUGCAGGCCCAGCUACAUGCCUGUGUGCGGCUCUGAUGGGAGGUUUUAUGAAAACCACUGUAAGCUCCACCGUGCCGCUUGCCUCCUGGGAAAGAAGAUCACCGUCAUCCACAGCAAGGACUGUUUCCUCAAAGGUGACACGUGCACCAUAGCCGGCUAUGCCCGCUUGAAGAAUGUCCUUCUGGCACUCCAGACCCGCCUGCAGCCACUCCAGGAAGAAGACAGUAGACAAGACCCUGCCUCCCAGAAGCGCGUCCUGGUGGAAUCUUUGUUCAGGAACUUAGAUGCAGAUGGCAAUGGCCACCUCAGCAGCUCUGAACUGGCUCAGCAUGUGCUGAAGAAGCAGGACCUGGAUGAAGACUUAGUUGGUUGCUCACCAGGUGACCUCCUCCGAUUUGACGACUACAACAGUGACAGUUCCCUGACUCUCCGCGAGUUCUACAUGGCCUUCCAAGUGGUUCAGCUCAGCCUCGCCCCAGAGGACAGGGUCAGUGUGACCACAGUGACUGUGGGGCUGAGCACAGUGCUGACCUGCGCCGUCCAUGGAGACCUGAGGCCACCAAUCAUCUGGAAGCGCAACGGGCUCACCCUGAACUUCCUGGACUUGGAAGACAUCAAUGACUUCGGAGAGGAUGAUUCCCUGUACAUCACCAAGGUGACCACCAUCCACAUGGGCAAUUACACCUGCCAUGCUUCUGGCCACGAGCAGCUGUUCCAGACCCACGUCCUGCAGGUGAAUGUGCCGCCAGUCAUCCGCGUCUAUCCAGAGAGCCAGGCACAGGAGCCCGGAGUGGCGGCCAGCCUGAGAUGCCAUGCCGAGGGCAUUCCCAUGCCCAGAAUCACUUGGCUGAAAAACGGCGUGGACGUCUCAACUCAGAUGUCUAAACAGCUCUCCCUUUUAGCCAAUGGGAGCGAACUCCACAUCAGCAGUGUUCGGUAUGAAGACACAGGGGCAUACACCUGCAUUGCCAAAAAUGAAGUGGGUGUGGAUGAAGAUAUCUCCUCGCUCUUCAUUGAAGACUCAGCUAGAAAGACCCUUGCAAACAUCCUGUGGCGAGAGGAAGGCCUCAGCGUGGGAAACAUGUUCUAUGUCUUCUCCGACGACGGCAUCAUCGUCAUCCAUCCUGUGGACUGUGAGAUCCAGAGGCACCUCAAACCCACAGAAAAGAUUUUCAUGAGCUAUGAAGAAAUCUGUCCUCAAAGAGAAAAAAAUGCAACCCAGCCCUGCCAGUGGGCAUCUGCAGUCAACGUCCGGAACCGAUACAUCUAUGUGGCCCAGCCAGCACUGAGCAGAGUCCUUGUGGUUGACAUCCGAGCCCAGAAGGUCCUACAGUCCAUAGGUGUGGACCCUCUGCCGGCUAAGCUGUCCUAUGACAAGUCACAUGACCAAGUGUGGGUCCUGAGCUGGGGGGACGCGCACAAGUCUCAGCCAAGUCUCCAGGUGAUCACAGAAGCCAGCGCCGGCCAGGACCAACACCUCAUCCGCACACCCUUCGCAGGAGUGGAUGACUUCUUCAUUCCCCCAACGAACCUCAUCAUCAACCACAUCAGGUUUGGCUUCAUCUUCAACAAGUCUGACCCUGCAGUCCACAAAGUGGACCUGGAAACACUGAUGCCCCUCAAGACCAUCAGCCUGCACCACCAUGGCUGCAUGCCUCAGGCCAUGGCGCACACCCACCUGGGCGGCUACUUCUUCAUCCAGUGCCGACAGGACAGUCCUGCCUCUGCUGCCCGACAGCUACUCGUUGACAGUGUCACAGACUCUGUGGUUGGCCCCAACGGUGAUGUAACAGGCACCCCACACACAUCCCCCGACGGGCACUUCAUAGUCAGCGCUGCAGCUGACAGCCCCUGGCUGCAUGUGCAGGAGAUCACGGUGCGGGGGGAGAUCCAGACCCUGUAUGACCUGCAAAUAAACCCGGGCAUCUCAGACUUGGCCUUCCAGCGCUCCUUCACUGAAAGCAAUCAAUACAACAUCUACGCGGCUCUGCACACGGAGCCGGACCUGCUGUUCCUGGAGCUGUCCACAGGGAAGGUGGGCACACUGAAGAACUUAAAGGAGCCACCCACAGGGCCACCCCAGCCCUGGGGGGGCGCCCACAGAAUCAUGAGGGACAGUGGGCUGUUUGGACAGUACCUCCUCACACCAGCCCGAGAGUCUCUGUUCCUCAUCAAUGGGAGACAAAACACGCUGCGGUGUGAGGUGUCAGGUAUAAAGGGGGGGACCACAGUGGUGUGGGUGGGUGAGGUAUGAAGGGCCCAGAGCAGAGCCCUUGGCCAAGGAGCACCCCCUAGUCCUGACACUGCAGCCCCAAGCAGGUGCGCUGUACAUUUUUACAGACAAAAGCAAAAACCUGUACUCGCUUUGUGGUUCAACACUGGUCUCCUUGCAAGUUUCCUAGUAUAAGGUAUGCGCUGCUACCAAGACUGGGGUUUUUUCGUUAGGAAGUAUGAUUUAUGCCUUGAGCUACGAUGAGAACACAUGCUGCUGUGUAAAGGGAUCAUUUCUGUGCCAAGCUGCACACCGCGUGACCUGGGGACAUCAUGGAACCAAGGGAUCCUGCUCUCCAGGCGGACACCUCUGUCGGUUGCCUUCACAUAGUCAUUGUCCCUUACCGCCAGACCCAGCCAGACUCCGCCCUGACGGAGUGGCCCAGAAGCAGAGGCCAACCAGGAGCAGGGGCCUCCCUCCCGAACUGAAAGCCCAUCCGUCCUCGUGUGGGACCGCGUCUUCUCCCUCGCAGCUGCUUCUUGCUUUUCUUUCCAUUUGACUUGCUGUAAGCCUGAGGGAGAGCCAGCAAGACUCACUGCAUCUUGGGGGAUGGGGAAAUCACUCACUUUAUUUUGGAAAUUUUUGAUUAAAAAAAAAUUUUUAUAAUCUCAAA